AUGUGGGGUCAUAGAGUAGUCAUACCGGAGAAUUGCAGGGGUAGGGUGUUAAACGAACUCCACGAAUGCCACAUGGGAAUCGUCAAAACGAAGGCGGUAGCUCGAAGCUAUGUGUGGUGGCCGGGGAUCGAUGAGGCAAUCGAAACGAUGUGUCGAGUGUGCGUCGUGUGUGCGGCCGAGGCGGACGCGCCCCAACGGCACACUCCAAGCCCGUGGCCAUGGCCGGCUAAGCCUUGGUCUCGUAUACACAUAGAUUUUUUAGGGCCAAUUUUCAAUAAAAUUUACUUGGUAAUAAUUGAUGCCAGAACUAAAUGGCUAGAGGUUUUUUAUGUACCGAGUACAGCAGCUAGCCACACUAUAGUUAAACUUUCCGAAGUUUUUGCUAGGUGGGGUCUACCUAAACAAUUAGUAUCAGACAAUGGGCCGCCAUUUAUCAGUAGAGAAUUUUCUCAGUUUUUAACAAAUAAUGGGAUACAGCAUGUUUUCACCGCACCGUACCACCCGGCUUCAAACGGUGCCGCGGAAAACGCAGUCCGCACUGUCAAGAAAGUUAUUAAAAAGGCAGUGAGGGAAAAUAAAGAUAUAAAUUUAUUUUUAAACACUUUCCUAUUGCAUUAUCGAAAUACCGAACAUUGUAAUACGGGCGAAAGUCCCGCUUCUCUCAUGUUAGGAAGAAGAUUACGUACUAAACUAGACGUACUUAGACCGGAUAUUGAGAAUAAAAUUAUUAAAACUCAAAUAAACCAGAAAGAGAACGCUCCCACUGGUGAACGUGGCCUGCAGCCGGGUGAGGAUGUAUGGCUUCGCCGAUAUCAGGGGAGUGACAAGUGGACAGCCGGACAAGUGACGCAACGUUUGGGCGUAACGGACUACAAAGUUUUAGACACUAUAGGUAAGGAGUCACAUAAGCAUAUAGACCAGCUAAAACGUAGAAUUAGGAGUUCACUGAUUUGUCCCCGUAGUAGUAAUAGUCAGCCAAAUUCGAGUUCCGAGUCGUUGUCUUGCACCGGUGCAGAGGAAAUUAAUGCGCCUAGAAUAAACCCUGCCGUAAAAGACACCGGGAGGAAAUCAAAAGCACCGGAGGGAACCGAAAUAAUAGAUAAGAGUGAUUGCUUAGAUACGGCAAGGGAAACGUCAACACUUCGUGCUCCAUCAGCUCAUACGUCGCCUGUGCCGCCCGCAACGCCGCCCCAGGUCUUCCGGCCGGCUUGUCGAACAGUCACGAAUAAACCGUCAAUCCGCUUACCCGUGUCUUAUUUACUUAUUUACGAAAUACACUACACCAACUUCGACCGAGAGGUCAAUCGACGGAUUCAACUCGGCUGGGCAGCGUUCGGGAAGCUACGACACAUCUUCUCGUCAGACAUACCUCAAAACCUGAAAACGAAAUUGUACAACCAGUGCGUGUUGCCAGUGAUGACUUACGGAACUGAGACGUGGUCCUUCACUGCUGGCCGUAUGAGGAAGCUCAAGGUCGCUCAGCGAGCUAUGGAGAGGGCUAUGCUCGGAGUUUCUCUGCGUGAUAAACUUAGGAAUGAGUAUAUCCGCAGUAGAACCAGAGUAACCGACAUAGCCCAACGGAUUACUCGAAGAACCGACAACCGGUGGGGAAAAAUGGUUCUCGAGUGGCAGCCUCGUACCGGUAGGCGAAGUGUAGGGCGACCCCCCACGAGAUGGAGUGACGACCUGCUAUAUUAUGGUUACAGCACGAAUGAGUCGGUCGACCAUAGAAGAACCUCGCUCUUACAGAGAAUACCACUAGUGCGUCCCACACUACGUUUACCUAAGCGUGGUCUCCACUCUAUGACACACCUACUCCAACGGUUAUCGCUUCUGUGA